ACCAAUCGGCGGGCGCCGUGUUGAGCGGGGCCCGGGCCGGCCUGGAGGGGCAGGAGCCACGAUGGUUCUGGAGAGCACCAUGGUGUGCGUUGACAACAGUGAGUACAUGAGGAAUGGAGACUUCCUGCCCACCCGCCUGCAAGCCCAGCAAGAUGCUGUCAACAUCGUGUGCCACUCCAAGACCCGCAGCAACCCCGAGAACAACGUGGGGCUCAUCACCUUAGCCAAUAACUGUGAGGUGCUGACCACCCUGACUCCAGACACGGGCCGGAUCCUCUCGAAGCUCCACACGGUGCAGCCCAAAGGGAAAAUCACCUUCUGCACCGGGAUCAGGGUUGCUCACCUGGCCCUGAAGCAUCGCCAAGGCAAGAACCACAAGAUGCGGAUCAUCGCCUUCGUGGGGAGCCCCGUGGAGGACAACGAGAAGGACCUGGUGAAACUGGCGAAGCGGCUGAAGAAGGAGAAAGUCAACGUGGACAUCAUCAAUUUUGGAGAGGAGGAAGCCAACACGGACAAGCUGACAGCCUUCAUCAACACCCUGAACGGGAAGGACGGCAGCGGCUCCCACCUGGUGACGGUGCCGCCGGGGCCCAGCCUGGCGGACGCGCUGAUCAGCUCCCCCAUCCUGGCCGGGGAGGGAGGCGCCAUCCUGGGCCUCGGCGCCAGCGACUUCGAGUUCGGCGUCGACCCCAGCGCUGACCCGGAGCUGGCGCUGGCUCUGCGGGUCUCCAUGGAGGAGCAGCGGCAGCGGCAGGAGGAGGAGGCCAGGAGGGCGGCGGCUGCCUCUGCCGCCGAGGCCGGGAUCGCGGCCGCGGGCGGGGACGACUCGGACGAUGCUCUGCUCAAGAUGACCAUCACCCAGCAGGAGUUCGGGCGGGCCGGGCUGCCCGACCUGAGCAGCAUGACCGAGGAGGAGCAGAUCGCCUACGCCAUGCAGAUGUCCCUGCAGGGAGCUGAGUUUGCUCAGGCAGAAGCAGCAGAAGUGGACAGCAGCACAGCCAUGGACACCUCUGAACCCACCAAGGAGGAGGAUGACUACGAUGUGAUGCAGGACCCCGAGUUCCUGCAAAGUGUGUUGGAAAACCUGCCGGGGGUGGACCCCAACAACGAGGCCAUCCGCAACGCCAUGGGCUCCCUGGCCUCCCAGGCCUCCAAGGAGAGCAAGGACAAGAAGGAGGAGGAGAAGAAGUGAGGGGGCGGGGGCUGAGUCGGCCCCUGGGGGGGGCUCUGCUGUUCUGGGGCAAUAAAGGCUUUCAGGGG